ACAGCCACUGAUUGCUUUCGCUGCAGCACACAUGGACUGGGGAAUGCAUGAUCGGGCUGCAAGUCUGAUUUUCCAGAUUGCUGACUGCGCUCUAUGCGACACUGCGAAAUGAGCACUACAAGUCGAAUUUAAACAUCCGCGGAUGCGGAAUUCCAAACUGAACCAGCGCUAAUCGGUUCUUCGGCCUCGGCUAAAGCCGUUGAUGGAAUUGAUCGCAGGAACAGUACGCUGCAUCAAACGAACCUUUGUCUCACACACCGAGUCUCGCAAAGGACCGACUGCCAAUCUCUCUCCGGGCCACUCUUGCUUCCGUAGUAUGAACUGCUGAUUAACUAUUGACCUCCGACACUCACAUGGCUUCACCACGCUCUCCCCACACUCCUUCCGCCGUCCAGACCAAAUCCGCCAAACCUUCACUGCUCCCCACGGCCAGGCGCCCAUCUCUUUCUACACCGGGAUCCUCCUCACCUCCGACCAAUGGACAUCCACCUUCAGGAUUCCGCUCCUUGCGUUCCCUACUCCCGUUCGGCCCGAAAAGUACGCCCUCCAGUCCUGGUGCCUCAUCACCACACCCGAGUGGUUCUCGUUUCGCGUCCUUCUCGCGGCGCUCGAUGCACCGGGAUAGGAAUGUCUCUGCGUCUGUGACGGAGCUUCCGGUCAUGGUUAUCGAUCAAGCGUCUCGUAAACAAUCCGUCGAUAUCCCCAUCCGAAAGUCUAUUUCACUGGGGGCAGCUGGGACGAGGGACCUCUCGACAAGUGCAAAGGCCACGUCGUUGGAUCUGGGGUCUCCGAACAAUGCUACCGGCGCUCAAGACCCAUCCUGGGGAAGAAGGAAUAUGUUGGACACGAGGAAGAGCCUGGACCAGCUUCCUACAGUUGCCAACAAUUCUUUCAUCAGAACACCCUCUCCCCUACCCGAUCUCUCGACGAUCAUCGAGGCAGACUCGUCCGGAAUCUCGAAACACUUACCUUCAGCCUCUGCCUCUUCAUACUCGUCUCCAUCUGGCUCACCCUUGCCCUCUGCUUCUUCCGACCACAAACUCGUUGCUGACGAGUCUUCCGCAUUGGACUUGUCCACUUCCCAACUGGAUGCCCAAGUCAUGGAUGCAUUGAAGGCGCAAGAGUCAGCUGCUUCCGGAACCCAGAACUGGCUUGAGAUCGAGAGCGAAUCUCAUCAAUUAGCUCGUGCAGGGGACGACAGCUUCAACUUGAGUGCACUGGACCCCGACCUCGCAGCUCUGCUCAGUCCGAACCGGAUAGCAGCCUCUGAUACAAAUGAAACUCUCAAACCCAAGGAUGGGGAAGCCAUGGACACAGGCAACUCUGCUCCCUCUAGCCUUAGAGCUCAGCACCAGUCUUCUCGACCAAGAUUACGCCCUGCACAACAUCCUUCUCCCCCGACGACUGCUGUCCGACGGUCUGUCUCAGGUUCGUCCAGCACCGGUGCAUCGACUCAGCGACCGCCGCCUUCUCCUCUGUCGAUGCCCCCAUCCCCCGUUUCUCAACCUCUGCCUGCUUCGUCGACACCGGCUCCUCGACGAACACAGCCGACAUCGAUGACUACGCCGCAAGUUGUAUCACGACGGCCGAUGCUCGCACGAAUGCUACAGUCUGAGGGCUGGGAUGGUUCAUCACAUGACUUGCGGCCGCCGUCAGUGGCUGGAUCGCGGAGUUCAUUCGAUACAGCGCGGCACAGGCCGUCACUGGACAUCCAGCGUCGUGUCGAUCCUGACGAUUCACCGGAUCGCGACUUCUCGGUUGCAGGCAGCGCAUCUUCAUGGAACCUGAAGAUGCGAAGGACGCGCCGACGGAGCAUGAGUGUGGACGAGAAGAACACAUCUCCGAGUCGCUUUGCGUCUCCAUUCAGGGAUAUGCGACCCGGAACCAGCUUAUCGAAUCGGCCGGAAUGGCUGGGGCCUCGGACUGCGAAAGCGUUCCGGGCAGCAGGUCUCUUGCCCGAUUCGGAUGAGACCCCCCCUUCACGUAGUGCGUCUCGUCUUGGCCCGCCAUCCUCCGGCACGAUCAGUCGCAGAAGAGGAAGCGGCAGUGCAAGUUACUUUGGCAGUGCUGGCAGCCAGCUCAUGGAAAGCCCGACGUUGACGCUGUCGAGCAGAGACACCCCGAGAUCGGCGUCGACCGCACCCACAUCAGUCUCCGGGGCAUCGUGGGAGCCCGACGAGCUCAGGGAACUCAAGGACAAACACUCACUUGAGACCGGUGCGCUGCUCAGCGCUCUAUCCGAUUCCCAGCGGACGACGAAAAUACUUCGCGACGAAAACUCGGAACUCCGGGAGCGCAUCAACAAGCUCGAGCUGCAAUUAGACCGGAUCGAGCCUCUAGAACGCGAGAAUCGUGUUCUGCAUGAAAUAUUGACUGAACUGCGGGAGGAAGCUGGCCAACUGAAGCUUCAGCUUCGACUGGGCGCUUCUCCUCGAGGCCCAGUCAGCACCGAGGCAUUCCGUCGGGCUCAUCGGUCCAACGAGUCUGGUUCUCGACCGAACGAGUCUCCCCGGAGCCGGGACGGAGACGUCUCAGAGGACUCGCACUACCACCUUGCUGUCCCGCGCAAGCGGCUGAGCUCGUCCUCGUCUGUUUUUCCCCUUCCGCCGGCGAAUAUGUCUCUUCUCCUGCACGAGGAUGGGGGCACUUCGAGUGACUUUGAUGAGCGUUCUGCUCUGUCUGUCGGGAUACCGGGAUCGCCCACUCUGGUAUUCCCUCGGGUCUCCCCGGACCCGCCUGUUCGCACUCACCGUGCCAAUAAGUCUAUUGCCUCCAGUGUGACGACCGACCCGGACGCGUCUAUGUUCGGCAGCCCCCGCAGCCUUUCAUUGCGCCCGGAGCAUGAGAUGCAUCUCGGGGAUAUGGACAGCCUCGAUCUCCUGCGUGCGGGCCCUGAAGAGGACUGGUCUGAGUGAUUUCACUUUAGUAUUAGUACAUGGUUAAUUAUUCUACAUUGUAUGUUGUGCUUCAUACUAUAUAAUUACGGGAAUCAAGAUUCACCCGACGGUCUGGUAGGCCCCGGGUACAACAACGCCUUGCGCAGGACUGCGUUGCUAAGCCCGGCGAUAAGUGGCUUGAUCAGCGCAGAAUGUAGCGCCUACCGUUGUUUGAACUGUGAUAGCACGGUCAGCGCCGGUCUCCGCUCACUCAGGGAGCCCUCCAUGGAUCUGUCGUUCCGAAACGUAAAUACGCGAGCGCCUAAAAUAGACACCACAGACUUGUCUGUUGCGCUCGUGGUUUCAAUGAUGAACAUACGAUCGUUGCGCUCUGGGUCGCCUUCAUCAGCGGCAGCAGCUGCUGCACCCGGGGCUUCCUCCACGGAGACAUCGGUGACCGCAACCGAAGGAGAAAUGCUUUGGAUCGUUGGCAGAGUCUCCGAGUGUGGAUCAUAGUCGAGCACAAGCACUUGCUCGCCUUGGUUGGGCACGAGCGAGUGGGGCGUGUCGUCCGUGUACUGGUAUUGAACUGAAGCGUGAACAAGUGGUAAUGCAGAAGACGGUGUGAGCGAGUUUUGUUGGCGGACAAGAACGUAGUGAGGUGGUUGCAUCCCGACGAAACAGUUUGAGCACUGGUGUUGGCGGCGGCGAGCGCGUGCCCAGAACCAAAUUGGAGACCGAGACCAUCUGCAUCAGUGAUCGGUUCGGCAUCACCCCAUGGACUCCCAAUCUUUCGUUCUUUCUCCCCACCCUCUUUUUCUCUCAUGGCGCGUCUCAUUUCUUUGGUUUUGGUUAUCGGUCUUCUCCCCAACUCGCUCGCUGGUCCCGCGUGUGCUUCGAAGUACAAACAGGUUGGAGACUGCAUACAGAUGUGCGGUCAAAAAUGGGGUUGGCCCGGUAUGAUGAUGGGCACCGACGCGUGGGGCUCAGUGAUGCGACCAAGCACGGACUCGAUGAGCGAUUACAUUGCUAGUGCAUGCGGCGAACAGAGUGCGACCAGCUCCGUGGCCAGCACUUCUACAUCAGCCUCUUCCUCGGCAACCGAGGCGGCAACGAAGCUCAUCCAUGGCGGACUGGCCACUGAGGCUGUCACCACUUCGUCAUCGACUUUCAGCUCGACUUCGUCAUCGACCACUUCCUCAUCUGUCACUUCGACGAGCAUCUCGUCGACUUCUACCCACACGACAACCUCUUCGAAGACCACGACCUCCUCGACUUCCACACAGAAAACUACCACCUCCUCGUCCACAACAUCCACUACGUCCACGACGCACACGACGCCCCCUGCGACGACAUCCAAGCCCCCUCCGCCGCCGCCAAAGACGACCUCGACCACUUCAUCAACCACGCAACAGCAGACUACGACGUCUACUGCAGCUGCCCCCACCAAGACUGCCGCGCAACUCAAGCUCAACUCGGCGAACACGAGCAAUGCAGGGAAUGCGAAUUCCAGCAACAAUGGCGGAGGCAAUGGCAGUCGGGCGUCGAAUGCCGAUGUCCAGGCUUAUCUUACCGCUCACAACUCGAUCCGGUCUCAGCAUGGCGCGGUUCCUGUCGCUUGGAGCAAUGCUGCUGCCUCCAAGGCCCAGUUCUGGGCGGACAAGUGCACCAACACUCACUCUGGCGGCACUCUCGGACCCCUUGGAGAAAAUCUUGCGGCCGGAACUGGUUCGUUCCCCAUCGCGGAUGCUGUCAAGGCGUGGACGGACGAAGUUUCCGAUUUCGACCCAAACAACCCGAAAGCUUCGCACUUUACCCAGGUCGUGUGGAAAGCGAGCACCCAGAUCGGUUGUGCUGUUCAAACUUGCCCCGACAUCUUCCCUGGCUUCGGCUCUGCUCAAUACUAUGUAUGCGAAUACUCCGUGCAGGGCAACGUCGAAGGCGAAUUCGGAGCCAAUGUUCAGAAGUAGAGGUUGUGAUGCUGGGUUGUGGCCGUGGUUGUUGUCGGCCGUCCAUUCCUUUGAUUCGAGACUCUGGUGCCAUGUUGAUAGUCCAGCUGGGAUGGGCUGCAAUUUCAAUACCAUUACAGUGUUGUAUGGGUGUAUUUUUAUGCUUAAGAAGUAUUUGGGAACUCGGACAUCCUUUUGAUACCAUGC